AUGGCUCAAGUACUAGCAUCUCUGCUAACUCUCAUUAGCCAUGCUACAGAGAAGCUUGCCGAGUAUCCCCGGCCAGAGUCUACCUGCGUCGUGGGAAGCUGCAUCGGACUUCUUGCCGCGGCCGCCGUGAGCUGUUCGAGGAACAUUGUCGAGCUUCUCACAAUUGGUCCCGAGAUUGUGCGAUUGGCUUUCAAUAUCGGACUGUUGGUCGAGACAAGGACAUUGUCCUUGAUCGCAGCUCCCCCUGGUCGAUCAACGUCCUACUCCACAGUACUAGGUGGCGUCGACAAGGAGACAGCAUCUACACUUGUCAGCACGUACUGCGAGAAGCAUCACUUGUCAAACCUGACAAGCAUCUAUGUCAGUGCAGUCGGCCACGAUAGUGUCACACUUUCUGGGCCCGAAGAGCAACUGCAGCGCUUCUGCUCCGAGCACUCGACCUUCCGGUCCGUGAAGGUACCCGUCCGUGGCCUGUUCCACUCUUCACUCUUGUACGCGGUUUCGGAAAUAGAUGCAGAGAUUGGACGGCUAGCCGGCCACCUCCUGACCAGAGUUCCGCGCCACUUGGUGCUAUCCAACUCGAACGGCCAGCCACUUACAAGCACAUCAUGCGAGAGCCUCCUCAAGGCUGCCGUGUGGGAAAUCGUCUCCAAGCAGUUACGGUGGGAUCUUGUCACGGAGGGUGCAGCCUCCGUUCUGUCGAAGUCCGAUGCGUCGGAAGCUUCUGUGCUGCCGUUCGCCUCGGGCAGUGUUGGCAGCCUUGUGGCAGCCCUGAGCCGCGCCGGGGACAAAGCGGUGCAACUUGUCAACACCGCAGCGGCGGGCGUGCCAGAGUCCAAGAGGUCAAAAAUAGCCAUCAUAGGCUUUUCUGGUCGUUACCCGGAAUCCGACAACAACGACGAAUUUUGGGAUCUCUUGUUCGCUGGCCUCGACGUCGUCAGGGAGAUCCCCAAAACCCGCUUUGACCCGUGGCUUUACUACGAUCCCACCGGCAAGAAGAAGAAUACGAGCGGAGUCACAAAGGGAUGCUUUGUAAAAGCUCCGUGGCUGUUUGACGCGCGCUUCUUUGGCCUCUCGCCCCGAGAAGCAGAGCAAGCUGACCCCGCGCAACGUCUCGCCAUGAUGACGGCGUAUGAGGCCAUGGAGAUGGCUGGCUUCGUCCCAGAUGCCACGCCGUCGUCUCGACGGGACCGUGUCGGUGUCUUCUAUGGCACCGCCAGUGACGACUACCGCGAGUGCAACAGCGGACAGGACGUCGACACAUACUUCGUUCCAGGAGGAAGUCGCGCCUUCCUCCCCGCUCGCAUCAACUAUCAGUGGCGCUUCAGCGGACCAAGUUUCGAUGUAGAUACAGCCUGCUCGUCGAGUCUUGCCGCCAUUCAUUUAGCCUGCACGAGCCUUUGGCAGCGCGACUGCGACACGGCCAUCGCCGGCGGUACAAAUAUCCUGACCAACCCGGACAACUGGGCUGGACUGGACAGAGCUCACUUCUUGUCGCGCACAGGCAACUGCAAUACUUUCGACGACGGGGCCGAUGGAUACUGCCGCUCAGAAGCCGUUGCCACUAUCAUCAUGAAGCGCCUUGAAGAUGCCGAGUUAGACGGCGACCCAAUUUUUGGCACCAUCCUUGGCGCGUACACGAAUCACUCUGCCGAGGCUGUGUCCAUGACGAGACCGCAUUCGGGAGCUCAGCGAGCCAUAUUCAGCAGGAUCAUGACCGGCGCCGGCGUUGACAGCAAUGACGUGAGCUACGUCGAGAUGCAUGGCACAGGAACCCAGCACGGCGACGCCUGCGAGAUGGACUCCGUGCUAAGCGUGUUCAACCCGGAGCCGGGCGUGCGACGGCCACAGUCUCUGCACCUGGGCAGCACGAAGGCAAAUAUCGGCCACGCCGAAUCAGCGUCGGGAGUUUCGUCGUUGAUAAAGGUCUUGAUGAUGAUGCAGAAGAAUGUCAUUCCUCCGCACGUGGGCAUCAAGACGCGCAUCAACCGAAAGUUUCCGACGGACCUGACGCAGCGGAACGUUCACAUUGCUCUGAAGCCGACACCCUGGCCCAGGCCAGCGGACAAGGCGUACGGGAGAAGGGCGUUUGUUAACAACUUUGGUGCCGCGGGUGGCAAUUCGUCGGUGCUCAUUGAGGAUGCUCCGUUGAAGAGCGCCUCGGUGGACGAUCUGCGACCACUGCACGUGGUUGCGGUGUCGGCCAAGACACAGACAGCUUUGAAGAGCAACAUCCGCGCCCUGCGUGAGUAUCUGGGAGCUCACUAUGAGACGAGCCUACCGUCGCUAUCUUACACCACCACCGCGAGACGCAUGCAGUAUGGAUUCAGGGCCAUGGUUUCCGGCACGAGCAUCGAUGAGAUCCGCCGGGCCCUCGAAGGGGCCGAGACCAAGGAAGGCUAUCUCUCCACCGCUGCGGCGAGCCCAACGUCUGCGUUCUGCUUCACUGGGCAAGGUUCGCAGUACUUGGGUAUGGGCCGCCAGUUGUUCGACAUCCCACAAUUCCGGUCAAUCAUUACGGGGCUGGACGACAUUCUCCGCCUCCAGGGCUUUCAGUCUAUCAUCCCGAUCUUGAACAGGACAUGCGAUACUCCAAUGGAGGACCUUCCACCGGCCGUGCUUCAGCUGUCGAUAACAUGCCUCCAGAUGGCGCUCGGCAAAUUUUGGAAGCUGCUGGGUAUUGUUCCUGUGGCCGUCGUUGGCCACAGCCUCGGCGAGUAUGCCGCAUUGAACACUGCCGGCGUUCUCUCCGACGCGGACACAAUACACAUCGUCGGCACUCGGGCAGUCUUGCUUGAGAAAAAAUGCGCAAUGGGGACGCACGCCAUGCUCGCCAUCAAAGCACCUCUUGCGCAAGUGGGUUCCCUCAUCGAGUCGAGUCCCGGCUUGGAAGUCGCAUGUAUCAAUGGGCCGUCUGAAACCGUUGUCGCAGGGACCACUGGUGACAUCAGCUCUCUCUCCGAUACUUUGUCGAAGCUUGGUGUCAAGGGGACACUCCUGAAAGUGCAGUUUGCCUUCCACUCAGCCCAGGUGGACGAGAUGCUCGACUCGUAUCGCCAGGCAUGCCGAUCCGUCACUUUCAAGGACCCGGCCAUCCCCAUCCUUUCAUCGUCAAAGGGCAAGGUCAUGACGAAGUCGUCAGACUUUGGGUCUCCGGCAGAGUACUUGGCGAGCCACUGCAGACAGCCUGUCAAGUUUUCCGAGGCGAUCCUGGAAGGCAGUCAGGAAGGCAUAGUGUCUGAGAAGACCAUCUGGAUUGAAGUCGGUCCCCAUCCAAUCUGCUCCAACAUGGUCAAGAAUAUACUUGGCCCGAAGGUUCGAGCCUUGCCGAGCUUGAGGCGCGGCGAGGAUGACUGGAAGGUGCUUGUCGCGACGCUCACGUCGCUGUAUGAGUGCGGUCUGUCGAUCAACUGGAGCGAAUACCACAGCGGGUUCAAGAACUCAGUCUCCGUCAUUGGUCUUCCGGCAUAUCAAUGGGAGCUGAAGGAAUUCUGGAUUCAGUACAGGCAUGAUUGGUGCCUAACCAAGGGAGAUCCUCCGAGCGCGUCGCUUGCCCUGCCGCCGGCAAUUGAGGAACCUGAGAAGAUCUUUACAGCAUCGGUUCAUCACAUCAUCGAGGAAAAGAGCUCUCCCAGUGCGUCGUCCAUAACGGCUCGUUCAAACGUCAAAUACCCAGAUCUAUUGGCGAUACUCAAUGGACACAGAGUCAAUGGCCGCCCAAUGUGCCCGUCGUCAGCAUACGCCGACAUGGCGCUGACGCUCUUCUCCCGCCUGCUCGACAGCUCCAGUCUCUCUGACAAGGGCGACCUUUGCGUGAGCGUGUGCAACAUGGCUGCUGACAAGACUUUGCUUUUGACCAACGACCCUAUUCAACUCAUCGAGUUGAAGGCCACCGCAGACUGGCCGAGCAAGACGGCCACUUUCACGCUGUGCAGCAUCACAGCUGAGGGCAAAGUCACAGCCACCAACGUCAGGUGCACUGGUACUUUCACUAGCAGGGCCAAGGGAAUCACGGAACUAAAGCGACGUGACUUCCUCGUCAAGUCGAGAAUUGAGCAUUUGCAGCAGGCAGUCCACGGGGACGACGACUCGGUUCACCUUCUCAAGCCCGGGCUCUUUUACAAGCUCUUUACCUCCAUUGUUGAGUACGACAGUCCGUUCAAGGGCAUUCGCGAGGUCAUUAUGAACUCUUCUGGCCUCGAAUGCACCGCUAGAGUCAAGUUCAACACGGCGCCCGGGGAGGGCGACAAGUGGACGUGCCCGCCCUACUGGAUCGAGAGCUUGGGGCAGAUUACUGGCUUCUCGCUGAACGGGAACGACGCGCUCGACUGUCAGAACAAUGUCUACAUCAACCAUGGCUGGAGCAGUGUCAAAUUCUUGAAGGAGUUGUCGCCGAACGAGACGUACAGGACAUACGUCAAGAUGGAGACCGACGACGGUGUCUCGUACUCCGGAGACUUGUACUUUUUCGACUCGCACAUGGAGAUUGCCGGCAUCUACGAGGGCGUCGUGUUCAACUGUGUCAGUCGUAAGAUUUUUGAGAAAUUCGUUCCGCGCCCCGGUGCAGUGACCGGUUCAAAGGUGGACGAGAAGGUUGCGCGAGACGCUCCACGCGCAGUCGAGAAGGCAGCGCCCGUGGAACGUGAAGCCGCUCAAUCGCCCGGUGCAGCAGAUGCCAAAGCCCCGAUGACAGACGACGUCCCCGCCAAAAUCAGGGCUUUGCUUGCUGACGAGGUCGGGGUGCCCCUCAAUGAGCUCAAGGAUGACGAUGAUCUCGUCGCACUCGGUGUCGACUCGCUGUUGGCGCUGACGAUAUCGGAUCGCAUCCGCGAAGAAUUUGAUGCCACGAUUGACUCUACCGCCUUCCUUGAGAGCAUCACCGUGCAAGAGGUGAUUGAGCGCAUCACAGGAACUUCGGCGCCCUCCGUUGACGAGUCUUCGGCGCCAACAACUCCACCGUCGAGCAGUGGCACGUUGGACGGGCCUGAUGAUGCAGACGCUUCACCAGUGUCAAGCGCUGGCGAGAGCGACAUUGUCAAAGUCGUGCAUGAGAAGCCCUCUGGCCCUGCGAUCAGGGCGACCUCCGUUCUGCUCCAAGGCUAUCCAACCACAGCCGUGAAGAAUCUCUGGCUCGUCGCUGACGGCUCUGGGCUUGCGACAUCGUACCUUGCCCUCCCCGACGUCGACACUCGCAACGUUGCCGUUUACGGCCUCAGCAGCCCAUUUGUCAAGCGCACAGAUGGCAUGUCCCAGUACUCCUUCGCUGACCUGGUCGACUCUUACAUCGUCGAGAUGCGUCGUCGACAGCCUCACGGGCCGUAUUACCUUGGCGGGUGGUCUGCCGGAGGCACCUGCGCCUUUCUCGCCGCGCAGCGCCUGGUUGACGAGGGAGAGACUGUCGAGAGACUGAUCCUCAUUGACAGCCCGAAUCCCAUUGGACUAGAGAAGCUGCCUUUCAGGCUCUUUGACGACUUCAACAGGCUGGGUGUGUUUGGUACAGCUGGCCGAAGCCCGCCUGAGUGGCUGCGGCACCACUUCGAGGGCUUCAACAACAUGCUGCACGCCUACGAGCCGCUGCCUUUCCAGACCAGCGGCGCUGGCCAAAGUCAGCUGAAGACCUGGGUGGUUUGGGCCACUGACGGAGUAGCAGCAGACGGGUCGAUCGAGAUCUUUCCCAGCGACCCGCCAAAUGUGCCGUGGCUGCUGAGGAGCAGGUCGGACUCGGUGCUCGGGCCGAAUGGCUGGGAUCAGCUUGUCGGUCACGAGAACAUGACCAUUGAGAGGCUUCACGGGGCUCAUCACUUUAAUAUGUUGAACGAGCCGUCCGCCAAGGGUGUCAGUGAAUUUCUUGCGAGGGCGAUGGCUUGA